AUGUCUACGGCCACAGCGAGCGCUGGCCUAGUCAGCCAGUUGACCAACGCAUCGAUCCCGCAGAUUUUCCUUUCCUUUUUUGUUAUCGUGACUGCUCGUUUCAUUUUGAGGGGCAUUUACCGCAUCUAUUUCCAUCCUCUUUCGAAAUAUCCUGGCCCCAAGCUUCAUGCAUUUACUAGGAUACCUCAGAUGAUCGGUCUAUGGAAGGGAGAGCCGCACAGGCGUAUAGAAGCUAUCCACGCGAAGUACGGACGUGUGGUGCGGACCGCCCCAGACGAGAUCAGCUACAUUGACCCUGAAGCAUGGAAAUUUGUACACGGUCACGGCGACACGAAGGCUCGUGGCUCGAGGCCGCAGAAGCACUGGAUUCGCUCCGGAAACGACGUCACCGAUACGCCUUCCCUUCUCUUCGCGCCCACGGGCGCGCACUCUCGUAUGCGGCGCGUUUUUAACUCUGCCUUUUCUGAUCGCUCGCUCAAGCUCCAGGAACCGCUUAUUGUAAAGUACAUAGAUCUACUUCGAGAGCGAUUGAGGGAGAAGGCGCCACAGGGAGAUAUCGACAUCGUCAAAUACUUCAACUUCACAACUUUCGAUGUUAUGGGUGAUCUGGCUUUCGGAGAAUCACUACACAUGUUGAACAACGAUGAGUAUGACCCAUGGGUUGCGAACACGUUUGAGUAUUUGAAGACCUUCACGUUCCUUGAGAUGUGCCAGUACUACGCGGUCACACGGUACGGUGUCCGCCAGCUGAUGAAGCUCAUGGCCAAGCAAAGGCAAGCGCACUUCCAAUACACCGUUGACAAGGUCAACAAGCGCGUUGACCAAGGUCGUGCAACUGAUGGCCACGAUCUUUGGACUCUGGUCUUGGACAAGGAGGGGAAACGUGAGGGGUUGUCCCGCGGUGAGAUGUUUGCCAACGCCAAUCUAUUCAUGGUCGCUGGAACCGAGACUACUGCCACCAUUAGCGCUGGCUUUGCGUACCUCAUGUGCAAGAACCCUGAGGUGUACGCCAAAUUCAGGAAGGAGGUCCGCGAGACUUUCAAGAACCAAGACGAGAUCAACAUUGAAAGGGCUCAAGCUCUACCCUACCUUAACGCCUGCUUGAAGGAGGCACUUCGCGUCUACCCGCCAGUCAGCAAUGCUCAACCUAUGCUCACGCCCGUUGAUGGAACUACGGUGAUGGGAGAGUACAUGCCUCCGAACACCGUUGUUUCUAUCCCGCAAUAUGCCAUGUACCGAUCAGAGACAAAUUUUAAAUACGCACUCGAGUAUAUCCCUGAGCGUUGGUUGGGUGACGAGCGCUUCGAAAGCGACAACAAGAAGGCCUUCGAGCCUUUUCACGUUGGCCCGCGCGAUUGCCUGGGCAAGAACUUGGCAUGGCACGAGAUGCGUCUCAUCGCUGCAAAGGUUCACCAUCAAUUCGAUUUUGAACUCAGUCCCUUGAGUGACGGCUGGACCGACCAGAAGAUCUUUAUUCUCAACCAGAAGGAACCGCUCUACAUGAAGCUAAAGGCCCUCUACUAA